GCACAUCGCCAGCGUUCACAUUUGUUGUUGUUGCGCCGGAGUUCGGACGUGUAUUUGUUUAAAUGCGGGUGUGCUGCGUCAAAACGAAAUAUAAUUUUAUUCAAGUCCAACUUAUUAAUAUAUAUAGUUGUUAACUGUUCAUCAGUCCAUUUUAUUGUCGAAGAACUCACCUGAGUGGACCGAAUAUACCGUCGUGCAACGAAAUAAAUCUACCACAAAAAUAAUAUAUGAAAUUAAAUAAUAUCUAAGUGCAUUUGCUGGCCAACACAAUGCAUAGUAUUUAAUGCCUAUGUAAAUAAAAGUGCAACGCCAGUAUCUGCGACAGUUUACCUUUUCAACAAACAUACACGCACACACACACACAGACACACAAAACACGCUUACGCACUGGUAACAGGGCUGUUUGGGUGAACACAAAGCACAGGUCUGUCGCACAGGACACACUACCAAGAAGCCAACAACAACAACAAUCGUACGAUAGUUCUGUUUUCCUCCUAUUUUGGUUCUUUUUUUUUUCUUUAUUUGUUUGUUACGUUUUGCACGUGAGUGCGAGCGAGUGCGUGUGUACGUGCGUGUAUCGGUGUGAAAGAGUGCAAAUACUUUCGCCCAAUUAAAAUGGCUCCAGCUCUGAGCAAAUUAGCGCAGAACCAAAGCGCAAUUGUUGGCGCGGCGGGCAUGACGGCAGCUCUAUGGAUAAUUGCAUAUGGCAAAAUAUCCAAUAACAAGAGGAAAUCUGCCUAUGAGGAAAAAAUUCAGUAUACCAUAUCGGAGAAGAAGGACAAAAAAUCGAGCAAGGCACAUGUGAAUUCAGUAUUCUUCAAACAGCUGAGACAGCUGCUGCCCAUACUCAUACCCAGAUUCUGGAGCAUUGAGACGGGUCUGUUGCUGUUGAUCGCUGGCGCGCUGAUUGGUCGCUCCGUCAGUGACAUUUGGAUGAUACAGAAUGCGACCGUUGUGGAGAGCACCAUAAUACAUAUGAAUCGGGCCAAAUUUAAGACGGCUCUACUGAAAUAUUUAGCCGCGCUACCAGCGAUCUCUGUGGUUACGAAUGUGCUGAAGUGGAGUCUGGGCGAGCUGAAGCUGCGUUUUCGCACAAAUCUAACCCAUCAUUUGUACAAUCAGUACCUCAAUGGCUAUACGUACUACAAAAUGUCGAAUUUGGAUAACCGAAUAGCGAAUGCCGAUCAGCUGCUCACCACUGACAUCGACAAGUUCUGUGAGAGUGCCACAGAUCUGUAUUCGAACAUCAGCAAACCGGUGCUGGACAUCUUCAUCUAUGUGUACAGGCUGACCGUUAAUCUGGGCGGAAAGACACCGUCCAUACUGAUGCUGUAUCUGCUGUUUGCUGGCGUAUUCCUCACACGUUUGCGUCGUCCAACGGGCCGUCUGACCGUCGAGGAGCAGAAGCUGGAGGGUGAAUUCCGUUAUGUGAACAGCAGGCUGAUCACUAACUCCGAGGAGGUCGCCUUCUACCAGGGCAAUGUCCGCGAGAAGCUGACUCUGCUCGCCAGCUACUCGAAGCUGCGAUCGCAUCUGCGCAAGUUCCUCGAGUUCCGUGUCAGCAUGGGCAUCAUCGACAACAUCAUUGGCAAAUAUUUCGCUUCGAUUGUGGGCUUCUAUGCUGUGUCCCUGCCCUUCUUCUCGGAGAACCAUCCGCUGCUGUCCGGCGAGAAUAGCGGACAGCGUUUGCAGGCCUAUUACACAUACGGCCGGAUGCUGGUCAAGCUGGCCGAGGCCAUUGGCCGGCUGGUGUUGGCUGGCCGUGAGAUGUCCCGCUUGGCCGGCUUUACGGCCCGCAUGACCGAACUGAUCAAGGUGCUGAGCGAUCUCAACAAGGGCACCUACGAGCGCACCAUGGUCAAUGGGAACAGCAUCACCCAGAACGGCGGCCCCAAUGCCACCGCCAGCAGCUUCGGCCCCAACAAGGGCAUCAUGUGCUUCGAGGACAAUAUCAUACGGUUCGAGCAGGUGCCCCUGGUCACGCCCAAUGGCGAUAUUCUGCUGAAGGAGCUCACCUUUGAAGUGAAAUCUGGCACCAAUGUCCUCGUCUGCGGACCCAAUGGCUGUGGCAAGUCUUCGCUCUUCCGCAUUCUCGGCGAGCUCUGGCCCACGUGGGGUGGCAAGGUUACCAAGCCGUCGCGCGGCAAACUCUUCUACAUUCCCCAGCGUCCGUACAUGACAUUGGGCAGCUUGCGUGAUCAGAUCAUCUAUCCCCAUACACGCGACGAUAUGCGUCGUCUGGGCAAAUCGGAUGAGGAUCUGUUGCACUUCCUGGACAUUGUACAGCUAACGUAUCUGGAGCAGCGCGAGAAUGGACUCGAUGCGAUCGAGGACUGGAUCGAUGUGCUCUCUGGUGGCGAGAAGCAGCGCAUUGCCAUGGCCCGUCUCUUCUACCACAAGCCGCAGUUCGCCAUACUGGACGAGUGCACCAGCGCCGUGUCCGUCGAUGUUGAGGGCAAGAUGUACAGCUAUUGCCGUGAGGUGGGCAUUACGCUCUUCACUGUGUCGCAUCGUAAAUCCCUCUGGGUGCAUCACGAUUACUAUUUGCAAUUCGAUGGGCGUGGCAGCUACGAGUUUGCUACCAUCGAUCAGGACAAGGAGCACUUUGGCUCCUAAGCGAAUGUGUCUCUGGCAUUGGAUUGACAAAGAGCGCAAGGAGGGGGCAAGAGGGGGUGAUCAAGUAGUAGUCAACAGUCGGGACACACACACAAACACACACACACACACAAGUAGAUAUAUAUAUAUAGAGAGAGAUAUAUUGCAGACAUUACAUGGAAUACAUUUAGCAUAUAAUUUUUGAUACCCAAUCUAUAUAAAUGUAUGUAUAUGCAUAUACAUAUAUAUGUGUAUGUAUAUAUAUAUAUAUUAUUGUAAUAUUGUCUUAACUGUAAUUUAAAAAGUUUGCCAAUUUGUUGUUGCUAAACAACGAUCCCGCAACAUUUUACUCCACUUUUGUCUCGGACUUGCUUCCAAACCGCGAGCUGUAUAUAUUGCUAGAUAGAUAUGUAUGUAAGUAUAGAUAUAUCUGUAUCUAUACAUAUAAAUAUACAUAUGGCACUCUGAUUAUACAAAACGAAAUUUGCAGCCAUUCCAAUUUUUAAACAUUUUGUGAGUUUUCAUUUUAGCUUUGUUUCACUUCCAUUUAACUAUUGUAACAUUUGCUUCCUGAGCUGCGCUUUCAAUGUUUUUUUUUUUUACUUUUAUAAAUUAUAUAUAUAUAUAACGUUUAUAUAUAUGAGAUUUAUUUUCCAAGAAUUCUUCCUUAACGCUUGAGCAGAUGUUCCUGUUCCUGAGCAAUGUGAGCUGGUGUUAGUUAUUUAAGAACCCAUAGUUGAUGAUUGUGCAUGUGCACAAUUUAGUGAACAUUUAGUAAAUUUGAUAAACACACUUGUACACACACACACACACAGAGAGACACAAUUACACACAUGCAAAUCCCAUGUAUAAUGCACUAUCUUGUAAUUUAUAUAAUAUUUAAUAUAUAUUAUCUUGCUUUUAUCCUACCAUAUUAUUAUACAUAUAACAUUAUUAAUUUUGUUUCGGUUAAAUUGGAAUUUGUAAUGGA